AUGGGCUACGGCGAGCUUGAUCAAAAGUCCAUCAACACCAUCCGCCUUCUCGCGGUUGAUGCGACCUUUCACAGCAACUCAGGACACCCCGGUGCUCCCAUGGGCAUGGCACCCGUCGCCCACGUCCUCUUCAACAAGUUCAUGAGCUUCAACCCUAAGAACCCCAAAUGGCUGAAUCGGGACCGCUUCGUCCUCUCAAACGGCCACGGCUGCAUGCUCCAGUACGCCCUCCUUCACCUCUUCGGUUACGACCUCAGCAUGGACGAUAUCAAGGCCUUCCGAACGGUGGAUAGCAAGACGCCCGGCCACCCCGAGGCGCACGACACGCCCGGCAUCGAGGUCACCACCGGCCCCCUCGGUCAGGGCGUCUGCAACGCCGUCGGUCUCGCCAUGGCCCAGGCCCACACGGCGGCCACGUUCAACAGGCCCGGCUUCGACGUCGUCGACAACUACACCUACUGCUUCCUCGGCGACGGCUGCCUCAUGGAGGGCGUCUCCGGCGAGGCCUCGUCCCUCGCCGGCCACCUGCAGCUCGGCAACCUCAUCUGCAUCUACGACGACAACCACAUCUCCAUCGACGGCGACACCAACUGCGCCUUCACCGAGGACGUGGUCAAGCGCUACGAGGCCUACGGCUGGCACGUCGUCGUCGUCGACGACGGCGACAACGACCUCGCCGCCAUGGAGGCGGCCAUCCAGAAGUGCAAGGAGGUCAAGGACAAGCCGUCCAUGGUCAAGCUCAAGACGACCAUCGGCUUCGGCUCCCUCCAGCAGGGCACCCACGGCGUCCACGGCUCGCCGCUCAAGGCCGACGACGUCAAGCAGGUCAAGAAGAAGUGGGGCUUCAACCCCGACGAAUCCUUCCACGUCCCCAAGGAGAUCUACGAGCUCUACGCCAAGCACGCCGCCGAAGGCGCCGCCGCCGAGGCGCGCUGGGACCAGAUGCUCGCCAAGUACGCCCAGCAGUUCCCCGCCGAGCACGCCGAGCUGCAGCGACGCGUCAAGGGCGACCUGCCCAAGGACUGGGAGAAGAGCCUGCCGGUCUACACGCCGCAGGACGCGGCCGUGGCCACGCGCAAGCUGUCGGAGACGGUGCUGAGCAAGAUCGAGUCGGCCGUGCCCGAGCUCUUCGGCGGCUCGGCCGACCUCACGGGAUCCAACCUGACGCGCUGGAAGACGGCCGUCGACUUCCAGCCCAAGGCCACGGGCCUCGGCGACUACGCCGGCCGCUACGUCCGCUACGGUGUCCGCGAGCACGGCAUGGGCGCCAUCAUGAACGGCCUCGCCGCCUACGGCACCAUCCUGCCCUACGGCGGCACCUUUCUUAACUUUGUCUCGUACGCGGCCGGCGCCGUUCGCCUCUCGGCCCUCUCGGGCGUCCGCGUCAUCUGGGUGGCGACGCACGACUCCAUCGGCCUCGGCGAGGAUGGCCCGACGCACCAGCCCAUCGAGACGCUCGCCCACUUCCGCGCGCUGCCCAACUGCAUGGUCUGGCGGCCGGCCGACGGCAACGAGACGAGCGCGGCCUACUACGUGGCCCUGACGUCGAAGCACACGCCGAGCAUCCUCGCCUUCUCCCGCCAGAACCUCCCCCACCUCGAGGGCUCGACCAUCGAGAAGGCGGCCAAGGGCGGCUACGUCGCCCUCGAGGCCGAGGGCGCCCACAUCACGCUCGUCUCGACGGGCUCCGAGGUGGGCAUCUGCAUCGACGCGGCCAAACACCUGCAGGAGAAGCACGGCGUCAAGGCGCGCGUCGUGUCGAUGCCCUGCUUCGAGGCCUUUGACUCGCAGUCGAAGGAGUACAGGCUCUCGGUCCUGCCCGACGGCGUGCCCUCGCUCUCGGUCGAGGUGAUGAGCACCAUGGGCUGGGAGCGCUACACGCACGAGCAGUUUGGCAUCAACCGCUUCGGCGCCUCGGGUGCCUACAAGGACGUCUACAAGAAGUUUGAGUUUACGCCCGAGGGCAUCUCGAAGCGCGCCGUCGCCACCAUCGACUUCUGGAAGGACGUGCCCAACAUCCGCUCGCCCGUGAACCGUGCUUUCCAGCAGCACAUCUGA